AUGAGUCAAAAAAACUUUACUGCUGCUUGUUGUAUAAUUGGUGACGAGAUUUUAAAUGGAAAAACAAGGGAUUCAAAUGCUAAUUAUUUAGCGAAAUAUUUAUUUGAGUUGGGUGUCGAAUUAAAGAGAAUUGAAACCAUUCCUGAUGAUUAUGAAGCUAUUAAGGAAACAAUUAAACGACUCUCAAGUCAACAUGAUCUUGUAUUUACAAGUGGUGGUAUAGGUCCUACUCACGAUGAUAUCACUUAUUCAGCACUCGCAAAGGCUUAUAAUUUAUCUUUAAAACUCGAUCAAGAGACGUGUCAACGAAUGGAACAAGUAUCGAAACAGAGAUUUCCAGAUUGGAAAUUAACAGAAGAGAGAAAGCGCAUGGCCCUAUUCCCUGAACCAUCUGAAAAACUGCGUAAUCAUAAUGAUAUAUGGGUACCUGUAGUUGUGGUCAAUAAAAAUAUUCAUGUCUUACCAGGUAUUCCUCGAUUGUUUGAAAUCCUUCUUGAAUCCUUAAAGCCGCACUUUAGAGCUCUCCUGGGUGAUCAUCCAGAGGCCUAUCAUCGUGUUCAAGUGGCGACACAAUUAAAGGAAGGUGACAUUGCCCCCUUUUUGACACAACUACAAAACCAAUGCAAGGAAAGGCACAUCAAGAUUGGUAGUUAUCCUAAUUGGGGUGAAGGUAAAGACGGUGCUCGUGUUGUCGUGAGUGUUGUAGGCAAAAAUGUGGCUGAGGUGAAUGCAAUUGGCGAGGAACUGGUGAAAGGGAUUGAAGGUUGGAUAACUCCAACAGUAGAUGCUUGA